ACUAGCACGCUCAAGACGUCACAAAUCAAUGGGCGCAUCACGUUUAGGCACUCUGGACAUGUAAAGAAGAUAUUUAAUCACUUUACCCAUAAAAAUACGUCCGGGAAAGCUUAUCACGUUGAAAUAACGCGAAGAGUCCCUGGCCGUUUUGUUUUAGCCAAGUGGAAACAACAACAUGGACUCAUUUGAAGACUUAGACGUUUUUCUGAAGAAUGUAGACAAUAUAAGCAAUCUUGUGAAGGAUCUAAACUCAUCUGAUGUGGAAGUACAGCAGCGAGCCAUCGAGAAAGCCGACUGCCACAUUGCAGCCUUGAAUGGAUCCUGCAGGACAAAAGUCAACAAAACCACAAUCAACACAAACGCACCACCCAAGGCGCCACUGACUACACCAACUGAAAGUGCAGAGGACUUCAUGAAGAUUAUGGAGAGGGAUGCGGAAGACAGGAGGAAGAGGAGGAUCGCUCAGGAGAAAAAGGCCACUGCACUAAAGGACAAAGGGAAUCGAGCCUAUGCCCAAGGAGAGUAUGAAACCGCUGUGAAUUAUUACAGUGAAGGCUUGGCUGAGCUACGCGACAUGCAGCAGCUGUAUACCAACAGAGCACAAGCUUACAUCAAGCUGCAGAGAUACAAAGAUGCCAUCAGUGACUGUGAAUGGGCCCUGAGGUGUAAUGAAAAAUGCACAAAGGCUUACCUUCACAUGGGGAAAGCAUAUCUGGCACUGAAGAACUAUAAUGAUUGUAGAACCUGCUUUGAAAAGAUGGCCCAACUUGAACCACAGAUGGACAAUCUGGCGAAAGAAUACCUUACCAAGGUGGAUCUGGAUGAGAGAAAGGAGAGCCAGGAAAUGAGUGCCAUACAAGACUUUGACAACGGGGUGGAGAAGGCCAAGCUGGUGCCUCAACUUCUGGAGAAGCUGUCAAAGCCUGGCCAGAUGCUGCUCUACUACUGUGGAAUACUGGAGAUUCUGUGCCGAGCAGUGGAUGACUGCACUGGCCAGACGCUUUUCAGGCUGCACAAUGGCUUCAACGCCAUCGACAGCAACGGCACCGUGAGGAGUUGCCUGUUGCAGGAAACAAAGGACCCGUGCAGCCAGGACUUGUGUGUAUCUGUUCUUAAAGUUUGGGGAAUCAUUUGCAAAGGAAAUGAGGAAAACCAGAAGACGUUGAUGACACGUCCGGCGUUUAAAGAGUUUCUUGUUCCCUUGGUCUCAUCCAAUCACGCCGCAAUACAGAAGGGAUGCUUGGACUUGUGCCAUUUGUUCUCACAGACGGAGCAUGGCAGACGUCUACUCACUGACAACUUGGAUGUCCCCCUGUUAACGAGCAGCCUCAUGGCGUGCAUCUCCAGGCCAGAGCCGCGAUGGGACGGGCUUCUCAUUUUGCAGAACUUGGCGUCGGAUAAGAGAUUCUGCUUCCAGCUCAGGAAUGGCCAGAUGGACUCGGUCGUUGUUCCAUUCGCAGCAAUCAUAAGCAAUAUUGGCGAGUCCAAUCAACAUGUCCUGCCCAUGCUGAUAUCAGCGGUUGGCAGUCUGAUGGGAGACGACGUCAUCCGUCACGCUCUUGCUCACCAUGCAGAGUGUUGGAAGGCCUUCCUGCAUGCCAUUAAGCAGUGCAUGGCCCGCAGCUAUAAGGAGAUCCUUUACCCGCUGCUUGGGUUGAUCAUCAACCUUUCGGCUGUGACCUCACCUGUCAUUCAGGAACAUGCAGUCUUGCUGUGUGGAUGUUGCCUGGACCUGCUAAAGGAUGACGACGGAGGCGUUGUAACUAGAGCUAUGGGUGUGUUGAGCAGCGUCCUCCCUCAGUCCUCCGAGGCUGUUAAUCAUGUUAUUCAGCGACAAGUGGUGAAGACGGUGCGGCGGCUCCUAAAGCGAACAGACCUGACUGCCACUAAGUACGCCAUAAAGAUUCUGACGGUGUGCACGGCUGCCAGCCACUCGGCCCGGGAGGAGCUGGUGAAGUCUGACAGAACACUAUUUGUUCUCCGUCAAUUACUGAGCUCCGGCAGUGAUGAGAUGGUGUCAGGAAAUGCAGCCCUGUGCCUGGCCCAUUGCCUCGAGUUGAAAGAUAUUGCCAGCAACCUGCUGGGCACUGAUAUCGUACUUCAGCUGCUUCGGCACGCUGCAGGAGAUGCUAAGAGGACAGCUGUGCAGCAAAAUGCAGCCAUUGCUCUGGGGAAGCUGUGUCAAUCGGAGCCCAGACAUGUGAGAAGACUUCGAGAUCUCCACGGCUUUGAGAUCCUGCACUCCUGUAUGAAGCUCAUCAAAUAAUCACUCACGGCUUAAACAGACGUUUUGCCAAGGUUACCACGGGGAACAAAUAAAAGGCUCGACUGUCAAAGUGGAUCUGCAAUAAGAAGCCAUCUGCAGAGAAUACACACACACACACACACAAUUACUGCCAAGUGACUGACACCACACAGAUACAUCUUCAAUUGCAUUUAGAUCAGUGCUUACCAGCACCCCUCGAGCUUAAUGUUCAUUUGUCCACAGAUACAUUAAACCCUUCACUUGGCUCCAGACUGUACAUGAUAAUGGGAAUCACGGACUCCAUUACUCCCCCAUUUGUAGAUAGAGGGUUCACGGUUUCUGUCCUUAUCGCCAUCUAAUACACGAUAAACUGGUAGCACCGAGUAAUGAUGACAAACGACCUGAGGGCAAUAAUAAAAAGAGGGACACAAUGAGUGCCCAUUAGCUGUCAUGUGAUGCAUCUUCCACUAGGAGAGGAAAUAUUUUGACAAGAAAGUAUCCUAGUUCAAGGGCAGCAGCCCUAAACUGACUUCCCUUUUCUGGCAUCUGAGACAUACAGUGGCCUCCAGAAGUGUUGGAACAGUGAGGUCAAUUCCUUUAUUGUCGCACGAGACUGAAAACAUUUGGCUUUGGCAUCAAAAGAUGAAUGAGACCAGCUUUUAUUUCCAGGUAUUUACAUGCACAGCUUACAAGAAUGCACCAUUUGCUCGAAAGCACCCAUUUUUCAUUUGAGUCAAAGUAUUCAAACAUGUGACUGACGGGUGUGUUUAUGUUUAUGUUGCCAAGGGGUGUCUUAUUACAUUUCUUAUUCAAUCAAUAAAAAGCACUGAAUGUCUACGCUCAGUUUCAGAUUGCAUUGGAUAGGUUUUGCCUCUGUUGCCUGCAUUUAGAUGUGGAAAAGUGAAAAUGAAAGCUUUAUUUUUUUUUGCGAAUCUGAGAAAUGGAAAAUCAAUAAGAACCAUUGCACAAACGUUGGUCAUAUCCAGCACAACUAUUUGAAUUGUUUUGAAGAACAAGGAAACUACUACUUUACUCAUUACAGACGAUUUGCCAAAAAGUACCAUGAUGAGCCAUCAAAAUCAGUCCGUACAACUUUGGCCUCAGAAUUUCAUUUCAUAUCCAACCCAAAUGUUUGCAGUCUACAGCCCAAAUUGAUCUCACUGUUUCAGUAUGUCUGAAGAACACUGUAAUUCUCCCAACUUGUUGUUGGGUUUAUAGUAGGGAUGAGUCAGAUACUCAUUGUGCCUCAUUCACAUUGCCAUUUGGCAAGUUAUAAAAAGCUCCACUUUAUUUGGUUUUCUUAAGCUCGCCGCUAUUUUGGUUUGUAACUAAAGUUACUUGGUAAACUUGUAACAUAUGCAGUGCAUUUGACAAGACAAUUCUGUGCAGUCUUGUGUUACAUCAGUCAGGGGUAGAAUGAUCACUGUUUUCCUUGAAAUGUGUUAUUGUCUUAGUCCAUGAAGUCAACAUAAAACAGGUGAUCGACUACCGCAUUGACUGGCCACAACAUUAGGUACACCUGCGCAGUAGCUGCAUCAAACAUCAAACUGUAUGGCUAUGGUCAAGUAUUACACCCCUCUCAAUAUGUUGCAGUAUGCAGUUUUCAGACUUCAAUUAAUGUACUGAUGUAAGCCCCACCCAUUUCCAGUUAAACAACGCCUGCUUUCAGUUUAUACCCCGCCCACUCCGAGUACAGAUACGGAUACAGAUUUAAAUAGGUGAACAGAUACAGAUAGUGGUGUACUCGCUGAUCCCUCGUUUAUAUGUAGUGGACCCCCAUAAUGUUGGAGAACAGUACUAAGGGAGAAGACUGAAGUCAUGAGUGAAAGUAACUUCCAACAGAGACAAGGCGAUGUGCCAAAAAAUCUCAAUAAUCCAAACCAAAAAUCAAACAAAUGUGCCUUUUCGGACACUUUCUACCAUUCUGUUGCUUUGAAAGCAACUGUAGGUGUUCCACAAGUAUUACAUCACACCAGAUGCUGGGUUCUUUGAGCAAGGCAAGGUGGAUAAAUCCCGUCUCUACGCGUCCUUAUUGCAACAAUUUUGUGGAAUUGCUCAGCUAAAGAGGCUUAAUAACCUCUCCCGUUAUGUUGAAAUUGUUGCUGGCUAGCAAGUAUUGUACCACACCAGAUGCUGGGUGCUGUGUGACCCCCACACACAAAUAAAUCCUGGCUCUACUGUUCGGUCUUUGAUGCUCCAAUGUUGUGGCAUCUACAGUAUGUGUGAAAGGGGCAACUUAUAGACCGUUAGUCUUGCUAAUUGAAGAAAAUGCAUUUCAGUGACGACCCUGUGUGAAAGGCACCAAUGGAUGAAUAAAUUUACCAAUUUUGUAGCAAAUCUGUGUGAAUAGGGCUACUAUUGACUCGCGAAACACAGGAAUGACCCUGAAUCUUUUGAGCAAGUCAUUCGAAGUUAGUAAAUCACAAUCUCUUCAAAGCUUGAAGCCAGUAAUUCCCCCGCACAAUAAAUCAGCUCCCUUUGUAUUGAAUACUUAUCAGUCAUAAUUUCUCCCUGACUUCCUCCCCACCGGCAAUCACAUCCAAAGUGAAAACGUCUCAGUUCAAUAUUAUAUUCGUAUCACGCAGAGGUGUUGAACUUUAGUUUCACAGAGAAAAUCAUCCAACCGUGGCAGUGGGACGUAUACUCCUGACCAAAAUUACUCCUGACAAGAUGAAAAACUGCAAGUACCGUAUUUUCCUGGACUAUAAGUUGCACUUUUUUUCAUAGGUUGGCUGUUCCUGCGACUUAUACUCCAGAGCGACUUAUAAAUGAAAAAAACACUGGACACCUUUUUUGUUCAUGUUUAUUUUUUGUGUUGCUGAAUAAGCAUUGUGUUAGCAUAUCUUACAUCUAUUCAGCCUGUUCUCUAUUCUUUUAUUGUUAGAACUUGCCUUCCAAGUGGACGUAAUGUCUGUUUUGGUCAAGAAGUUUGUAAAAUAAAUUACCCGCAAAAAAUGCGACUUAUACUCCAGUGUGACUUAUGUAUGUUUUUUUCUACCUAAUUAUGCAUUUUUGGCCUUGUGCGACUUAUACUCCGGAGCGACUUAUAGUCCAGAAAAUACGGUAUUUACAUUUUGCAGUGUUGGCUCUUAAGGGUAAAACUAGACUACACACCAAGGUUUCUUCUUGUGAGAGCUAUUUUUACAAAAUUUAAAUACCCAAGAGCUACUAUUUUCAUUGCCAAACAAAGCCCAUAUGCUAGUUUUACCAGGAUACGAACAAAUAGAAAU